AUGCCUUUCGAAACCGCGCGCACUAUCCUCCGCGAAUACCGUCCCGAGACGGACAUAGACAAGCUUCUCACGCUCUGGAACGACCCCGAAACCCAGCGCUUCGCCUUCCCCGACUACAUAGCCCCCAGAACAAAGUCGGCAAUCGAAGAGAUCACGAAGGGUUUCACGAAAGGCCCAUCCGGCUCGAGCAUCUUCGUCAUCGCCGAGGACAAGGAAUCCGGAGAGUUCCUCGGACAACUAUCGUUCGCCGUCGUAUUCCCCAAGACCCGCAUUGCCGAGGUCGGCCUGUCGCUUGCGCGCGAGCAUUGGGGGAAGGGGUAUGGGAAGGAGCUCGUGGCGUGGGCUGUUCAGCUUGGGUUCGAGGAGUGGGGGUUGCAUCGUGUUCAGUUGUCCACAUCGGAGGAGAACGAGCGCGCGAUAGCGCUGUACAAGCAUGUCGGUUUCACGCAGGAAGGUUUCCGAAGGGAUUUUGUGUGGUCAGCUGGGAGGUAUUGGGGAGUAGUGCAGAUGUCCAUUCUUGAACACGAGUGGGAUGUGAAGGAGGGAAAGGCAAAACAGAACGCGUAA